CCUAGAGACAGAGGGCGGAGGAAUAACACUAAUACCCACAUAUCAAAACACGGUCAGCUUAAAGUUUUCUAUGUUGGAGAAAGAAAGAAGAGUGCAACAUGGGGAGCAGAAGUCAGAGAGGAUGACAAACUUUUGACUGACAUACGUUUUCAGGAAUGUGUUUUAAUCCAUCAUGUCCUGACGAUGAUGGCAAAACUGCAGCUGCAACUUUUCUUUAGUGAUGUGCAAAGGAGUUUCCAUCUAAGACAGAGCGGACCAGGAUCCCUGUACAAGUUUGAUCGCUUUAUUAGUUAAAAGACUUGUUCCCAUUUCCAUAUUCAUCGUCUGCACGUGCGCUUGUAUGGGCUCUGACACUUACUGGACUUUGUUAAAAAAAAAAAGACUCUAAACUUCAGCAAAACUGUAUUCCUGAACUGUUCAAUUGGGUUAAUUGACAUUGUAAAGGUGUAUGUGUUGAACUGAAAUCACGGGCGUCAUGAAUAAGUUGAAUUCGGUUAACAGUCACACGGAGCUCCAACAGCGGCUGGCGGAUCACGGCGGAUCCGGAGACAGUGCGAUUGAGAACGGCACGAAACACAUCGUGAGCCCCGCUGAACCUGCCGACAGUGUGGAGUGCUCCAGCAGAAAGAUGCUGGUCGGGCUGGACAUCCUCUGUCUUCUCGUGGCCUCCAUUCCAUUCUUCGCCUGCGAGCUGAAAGCGGUGACUCCGUACAUGAGGGGCUUCUUCUGUGGGGACUCCAGCAUCACCUACCCUUAUAUAGAAAGCGAGGCCAUUCCUGAUAGUAUGCUUAUAGCCGGGGGCAUCAUCAUCACAGGGCUUACGAUUGCUGUUGGGGAGUGUUACCGGGUGCGAUUCAGAGGCGUGCACUCGCGCGCUUUUGUGCGGAACCGCUAUGUGUCCUGCCUGUACAAGGAGCUUGGUAGCUUCUUGUUUGGCUGCUGUGUGGGGCAAUCCGUGACUAACAUGGCAAAGCUGAGUGUGGGCCGACUUCGUCCCCACUUCCUGUCGGUGUGUAACGUGACAUACACUUCGCUCAACUGCACACCUGGAACCUACAUCUCAGACGUUGUCUGCAGGAACUCCAGCUCUAAAAUGGUGGAGGAGGCCAGAAAGUCCUUCUUCUCGGGCCAUGCAUCUUUCGCCAUGUACACCAUGCUUUACCUGGCAUUUUACCUGCAGGCACGGUUGUCAUGGCGAGGGGCGCGGCUCCUGCGACCAAUGCUGCAGUUCAUGUUGGUGAUGUUAGCAGUGUACACAGGACUCAGCCGCAUUUCUGACUACCGCCAUCAUCCCACUGACGUCCUGACCGGCUACCUGCAAGGAGGACUCACCGCUUACUGGGUGGCCUUUUACAUCUCGUCCAUGUUUAAGACGUCUCGUCCAGACCUGUCCCCCACAAGCCUGUCUCUGGAGAGCCCCUUGUCCAGCCAGCAGACGGUCUGCUAACAGAGCACACCUGGACAUAGAGACACCUGAGAGACAUGACAUAGACUGACAGGGAAAGUGAGAAGAAAGGGGGAUGUGAUGAAGUGAAGAAGGGGGCUGGGACAAAGAACUUUGGAGCAUGCUCAUGUCUUGACAGAUCCUCACAGAAAACCGUUUUCUGCCUGGCCAGACAGAAGAAGAGCAGUUAUAUACAUCUAACCCUGCAACAAACCCGUCCACAAUCUAUCAACCCUCCAUAGAUAAAAGAUAUUUUUAUAUAAAAAGUUUAUCCUUUAUAUUUUUUGAAAUAUGUUAUAGUUGAAGCUGCUAAUAAUUGUUGUUUUAUAAUUUGUCACCUGUAGUCCAUGCAUGUUCUUGUAGUUACAGAGUUUCACACAUUACAGUAAUUAAAAGAUAAUAACUCGUUAUUUCUCGCCAUAUGUAACUCUAAUAGAGACUUUAGACAUCAACAUGUCAAGCUAUCGGGUUUGUGUUGAAUGAGACCCACCGGUCUAAUGCGCUGAAUUGUGUUAUGCCAAUGGACUAAAAUGGACAGAUCACAACACUUUAGCCUCAGACCACAUCCCUUUGUUAUUGCUAUAGAGCUGUUCAGUUUUUAGCCCUAAAACCCUGAACAGAUUAGCGUCCCCCAGGAAUUUCUAAUGGGUUUUUAGAAUAGCGGUUCUCGAAUAAUGAGUAAAAUCUCAACAUCACUUGAAGAGACUUUUACAUUCUGUUCUACAACAUAAAUAUCCCACAGUCAUACCUUAGACAUGAAUUUUAAAGCUGUUUUUAAAAACAGUUGCUAAGUUGCUACGUGCUACAUAAGGACUGCAACGCUUGUCUGAUUCAAGCAUGUAUACUCAAAUCUUUGUGUAGUAGUUGUUCUAGUUGUAGCAACUUAUCAGCAAUUUAAAUGUUUAAAACACACAGGAGAUUCAAAAUGCACAUUUAAGGUAUGACUGUGUGAAAUGUAUCUUGUAGAAUACAUUUGUGUAGUUGUAGUUAUUGUGUGGUGGCUUGUUAGCAACUUAUCAACUGUUUUAAUACAAAAAUGGCUUCGAAAUUCACAUUUGAUGUGUGACCUUCGCAAAAAAUGUGAAGAACUCUCUAAGUUAUGUAAACAACAGACCUUAUUUUACUCAUAAAUUGAGAACCACUAUUCUGAAAACAUUGGAAAUUGCAGAGGGAAGCCAUUAGCUCAAAAAUGUUAGUUGCGCAAGUUCUGGUUUUAGUGCUGCAAACUAAAUAGCUCUAUUAGACCUACGUAGACCACUACUGCGGUGCGCUGUUGCACAAUCAUAGCGGUGCGAAUUGUAGACACCUUCUGUUUAUUAAAAGCACAGAUUUGAAAUCUGAUUUUAUGCUAAUGAAAUUAAGGUUGUGUUGUAUUAAGGUGGGUUAAACCCCAUGUUUGUACUAACCACUUUCACUGCAUGAGUCGGACUACAGAGCGACUGAAAGGAGGUUUGACCCAAAAACCUCCUCAACCCCUGUGUCUGCACCACGAAGGCUUGAAUCCCACCUUCAGCAGACCGGGGGUCUAUACCUGUGUACCCUUUACUACUCAUAGCACUUGAAUUACACUAUGGAAACUUCUAAUUACUAAAGAUAAUAUUUUAUAUUUUGUCUUGUUUAAUCAGUGUUUUACUUUCUUCCUGCGGUCAGUGCCAUUUGUUUGUGUGUAUGUGUGUUAUUUUCCCCCAAAUUAUAAUUAUUCAGAAUGAAUGUAAAUAAAUCAUUUUAUAAACAGUCCAGAUUUUCAGAAGUAUUAGUAUCAGUUUUGUAAGUUUGUUUUACAUGUUUAUAUAUGUUUUUAUCGUUCGUGUUGAUCAGGUACGCAGAGUUAUUGUUGCUAAUUGUAAAAGAGACUAGUGACUGAGCCAGAGAUAUACAUUAUGUUAUCAGAAAGCUAUAUUCUACUUAUCUAGUGUCAUUUCAUUUGUUGGUUCCCCUGUGAAAGUCUGCAAGGCUGAAAUAACCACUGUAUUAAUAAACCAAACCAAUAAAAGGAAUGUUCAAUCUUUGUAUCUCA